CGCCAAUCCGGCCCCAUUCACUGGACCCAAAUGCAUAUAUUAACUCCACCAAGCUCUCGAAUCCCAACACACACGAAAAAGGUUAAGAGAUUGAGAACGAGAAUGGCAACACUGUCAAGCGGAUUUGUGAAGGAAGUGCUGCCUCCUGUGUUGGAUUCCACUUCCAGUCCACCAAAUUUGUUUGAUGGAACAACGAGGUUGUAUGUAUCUUAUAUAUGUCCUUAUGCCCAACGCACUUGGAUUGCUAGAAACGUCAAGGGAUUGCAGGAGAAGAUAAAAUUGGUCCCUAUUGAUCUGCAAAAUAGGCCUUCUUGGUACAAGGAGAAAGUUUACCCUGGAAAUAAGGUACCUUCUUUGGAGCAUAACAAUGAGGUAAAAGGAGAGAGUUUGGAUUUGAUCAAAUAUAUUGAUGAGCAGUUUGAAGGCCCUGCUUUGCUUCCUGAUGAUCCUGCAAAGAGGGAGUUUGCCGAGGAAUUGUUCUCUUACUCGGACACCUUCAAUCUUGUUAAUUAUAAAGCCUUUACUUCCACUGGAGAUGUGGAGAAAGAAAUUGGUCCUGCUUAUGAUAAGAUAGAGGAUGCGCUGUCGAAAUUUGAUGAUGGGCCUUUCUUUCUCGGUCCAUUCAGUCUGGUGGAUAUAGCAUAUGCCCCAUUUAUUGAAAGAUUUCAAACUUUCUGGUUGGAGGUUAAGAACUAUGAUAUUACCAAAGGCAGGCCCAAGCUGGAUUUAUGGAUUAAGGAGUCAAACAACAUAGAUGCCUACACUCAAACCCGCCAUGAUCCUCAGGAGCUGCUUGCCGUAACUAAGAAGCGAUUUGGAAUUGAAUAAAGAGACCUCCGUGUUCUUCGCAGGUGGCAUGAAUGCGUCUCUGUAUCGUAGGCAUUUGCGAAGCAUUAAGAGUGUCAUCAAGUAAAAAAUAUUAAAUAUUUUAAAUAAGGAAUCUGAAGAUUGCAGGAAGGAUCAGUUUGGUGUUUGUUGUUUGUUGUCCACCGUGUCUUAGUUGUUUGAUGUAUCAUCCUUGUGAACAAGUAUCUAAGUUUCUUAGUCUGGCUUGUUGAUGCACUGGAAUAUGUAUAAUAAAUACUAAAUUCAUCAUGUUUGAUGGUGAUAUUGGUGAUGGCAUGUUGAUGUACGGGAAUAUAUAUGCAAUAAAUACUAGGUUCCUCAUGUUUGAUGGUGACA